AUGACCGAGCGUUGCUGUCCGCAGACCGUGAAGCCCUGGCGUGAGGACGACAAACUCUGGGUGUCGUGGGCGCAGAGUUUCCACAUGAACGUGACCAAGGAGCUGCUGAAGAAGUUGAACUUCCACAAAAUAACCUUGAGGCUGUGGGACUCCAAGGAGAAGGUCUCGAAGAAAGCCAGAUACUACCGGCUGAAGACGACCAGCCACCUAGACGACUUGGGGUCUCUCGAGGAGGUGAGGCACCUGGUCGCGAAUCAGAGAGGAUUUUCGGGGCACAGCAGCGGGAAGACCAGCUCGGUCACGGAGGACUCCAAAGAGGAGCAACGGCCGGGCAAAGAGGAAAGACCCGAAAAGCAGUCGAGGGCGUUUCAAGGUUCUAUCCCAACCGAGCUAGAGACUCCGUGCAGAAGCAGCGAGGACGGUGACAAGUCAGUGAAAGCGGAGGCCCUAUCCACAGUUUCGGCGUGA